AUGAAGAAGAAGGGGAUAAACAAGCAUAUUAAGAGAGUGAUAGUGGGGGUGCUGGCCCCCAUCAUUGUUUUUGAUGUUUUCAUUUUAGUCCUCUUUCUAAUUCCUGAUGAUUAUCUAGGAGAUGACCUUAGAAGUUUUCGUCAAGGGGUUGAGGCCGAGUUUGAUUCAAUUACUGGUGGCAGAUUCAAUCGAGUACGCGGUUCAGAAGGUCUGAAGGAUGCUGAAGGAGUUACUCGAGUACGUGAUUCAGAAGGUGAAGCUGAUGCUACUACAUUGCUAGAAGAUGCUGAAAGUGUUAUAAGAUUGUUUGAAAAUCAUACUGAACAGCAUUCUAACUCAACAGCAUUUGUUGAUAAUGUGAAAGCCUUGGUGAAAGUUGGUAGGCUUGAGGACAGUGAAUUGUUUAAGACUGUACUGCAAAAAGGUACAUCCAGUGCCUCAAUGGAGCAAGACCCAGUUUAUCUUGGAACUGCUAGGGCUCCUUUUCACAUGGUGAUGGUAGACCAAGGGAUAUCCAAAGAGCAGUUAUUUGGUGCUUUCAUAACCAUUAUACUGGCAAUCCUCCUUCUUAGAGCAAUUUUUGGAAAAGGAAAUAUUCUUAAAGUGUUUGGAUUAAGUCAGGAGAUCCAACCCACCACGUCCACUACGAAAUUUAGUGAUGUUAAGGGAGUUGAUGAGGCCAAAGCGGACCUUGAAGAAAUUGUCCUUUAUCUUCGUGAUCCUAAGCGGUUCACAAGUCUAGGAGGUAAGCUCCCAAAGGGAGUGUUGCUUUCUGGUCCACCUGGGACAGGUAAAACCAUGUUAGCAAGAGCCAUUGCUGGAGAAGCAGGAGUACCAGUCUUUAUCAAAAGCGGGAGUGACUUUGAGGAAAUGCUUGUUGGUGUGGGAGCAAGAAGAGUGAGGGAUCUAUUUGCUGCAGCAAAGAAGCGGUCUCCAUGUAUUAUUUUCAUUGAUGAGAUAGAUACAUUUGGAGCGCGCCGUGACUCCAAAGAUCUGAAUCGUUCACAGACUACCCUGAAUCAGUUUCUUGUCGAGCUUGAUGGAUUUAAACAAAAUGAUGGCGUUAUUGUGAUUGCUGCAACCAACUUCCCCGACUCUUUGGAUAAAGCACUUAUUAGACCUGGACGCUUUGACCGUAACAUUGUUGUUCCAAAUCCAGAUGUUGAAGGACGGAGACAGAUAAUGGAAUCUCACAUGUCUAAGGUUCUCAAAGGUGGAGAUGUUGAUCUAACUAUUAUUGCCAAAGGAACACCUGGGUUCUCAGGUGCAGAUCUUGCAAAUAUGGUGAACGUCGCAGCUCUCAAAGCCGCCAAGGAUGGUGCUAAAGCAGUGAGCAUGACUGACUUAGAAUAUGCAAAGGAUAAGAUUAUAAUGGGUAGCGAACGCAAAUCAGCUGUGAUUUCUGACGAAACUCGAAAACUAGCAGCUUUUCAUGAAGGUGGUCAUGCUUUAGUAGCCAUCCACACAGAUGGAGCUCAUCCAGUUCACAAGGCAACAAUAGUUCCACGAGGAACGUCUGCCGGAAUGGUAACUCAAUUGCCCGACAAAGAUGAGACUACUGUUUCUCGCAAGCAAAUGCUUGCUAGAUUAGAUGUUUGCAUGGGUGGGCGAGUAGCGUAGGAACUUAUAUUUGGAGUAAAUGAAGUCACUGCAGGUGCAUAUUCAGAUUUCCAACAAGCAACAUCGUUAGCCAGAAUGAUGGUCACAAAAUAUGGAAUGAGCAAACAAGUUGGGCUCGUCACUCACAACUAUGAUGAUAAUGGGAAGAGUAUGAGCACUAAAACUAGACUUCUCAUUGAAAAGGAGGUGAAAGGAUUCUUGGAUAGGGCUUACCUGAACGCGAAAUCAAUCCUGACUACUCACAUCAUAGAACUCCAUGCACUAGCUAAUGCCUUGCUUCUGCAAGAAACACUCACAGGAAGUCAGAUCAGUGAUUUACUUGCCAGAGUCGAUAAAAAGCAAAUUCUGCCUUCUUCUGUGGAUGCGUCUCAGCCUGUUCUGAAUGAUUCAAAGAAGAAAAAUGGCAAUCCAA